AUGACGCCUCGUCAGGACCAACAGGUUGAGAGAUUGUUGGAUGAUGUUCUAAAAGGCAGCAAUGUCAAAGCGUUGGAAGACUUUUUACAAGAUGAAAUCUGCGAGGAAACGGCUCUAAAGUGUUCCAGACAGUUCGUCAGCAAGUUGGAUAAAUUAAUCAGCAGAGAAUUAGAUCAAAGGAACCUUAAGAAUGCUUGUUUGGGGCUUUGCAUCCUGCACAAGUGUGGGAAAAAUCUGGUUGCCCCAGGGGGUAAUGGGUUAUCUGGCAUGGUCUCCCAGGGUCUGGUCAAGAAGAUGGUGCAGUGGUAUGAGAAAGCCAGGCUGUUGUGGAUGGAGCCAGGGACACUGAGGACUGAGGCCCUGACCAACCUUGCAGAAGACUUUUUUGAUGCUCUCUUGGUUGUUCACGAAGCAAGCAAAGAGGGCACACAUCAAAUCACUGAGUCUCUGCUGUUUCCUAUUGGCCAACUGGCCGCAGACCCACGGGUGAACAUUAUGAUCCAGAAAGAGGCGAUUCGGAAACUGAACAUCAUUCUUGACAAGAUGCCCGUGGAUCUCAAGAAAGAGAAGAAGAUCUUGUCGUCUCAGGAUGCCUCUGAUAUCAUGACCAACCUGGCUGGCAGGAUCUUGGUGGGUGGAGACUACGACCUACAGAUUGCCCUGAUGGAGGCGCUGUGUCGGAUGACCACCAGGGGGCAGCGGAGGGAGCUGGCGGAUCGCUGGUUCAGCAUGGGCUUCGUAGCCAACGCCUUCAACAAGAUCCAGGACGCUGAGUUUGAGACGGACUGCCGCAAGUUUCUGAACCUGGUGAAUGGGAUGCAGGGAGAUGGUAGAAGAGUGUUCUCCUACCCCUGUCUGGAGGUUUUUCUAGACAAGCAUGAGCUGCUGAUGCCCGCUGACGAGAAACUGGAAGAGUUCUGGAUCGACUUCAACCUGGGAAGCCAGAGUAUCUCCUUCUACUUCUCUCUGGCUGAUGAAAACGCACAGGAAGGCCAGUGGGACACGAUCUGCGUCCCAGAGAAUGAAGUCCACAGUUACGACAUCAAAGAGGAAGGGCGGAGGUGUGUGCUGAGACUGAAGCUGUCUGAGCCGCUGUGUGUGAGCGGGCUGGAGGGCUCCUCCCUCUCCCUGCACUUCAGCUCCUCCCUGGACAUCCUGCAGGCGGCACGCAGCGUCUACGGCCACGCCAAGAACAAGACUUUUGUGGGCAAGACCGGCACGUCUGUGGUGAAGACCACAGUCCAGAUCAUCCUGGAUGAAAGCAACUCCCAGGUAAGACAGCCUCAUCCACAGCUAAUAAUUGUCUCAUAUAAUAAUAACAGCGCCCCCUGGCUGCAGCCCCCUCGCUCCACACCCCUGAAGAUGAUGGCUCCAGCCAGGAGGAGAACGUCUGAGUCCAGCAGCUUCAUCAGCAGCAGCGGAGGAAGAAGAGGAGGCCACGGCGGCAGUCCUUUCACUGUCGUCAUGGCAACGGCCACUCCUAACAGCAGGGCCAGGAUGAAACCAGCCCUGGAGCUGAUGAACUCCUCUGAGCAGCAGACCCGGCCCAGCCUGGCUGACCUGAGCAGGAGCAAGACCCCCGGACUCUCCCCGCCUCUGGAGACGCCCAGCAGGAGAGCACAGGAGAGCACAGGUGAGCUGCAGCCUGACUCUGGAGACGCCCAGCAGGAGAGCACAGGUGAGCUGCAGCCUCCCUCUGGAGACACUCAGCAGGAGAGCACAGGUGAGCUGCAGCCUGACUCUGGAGACGCCCAGCAGGAGAGCACAGGUGAGCUGCAGCCUCCCUCUGGAGACGCCCAGCAGGAGAGCACAGGUGAGCUGCAGCCUCCCUCUGGAGACACUCAGCAGGAGAGCACAGGUGAGCUGCAGCCUGACUCUGGAGACGCCCAGCAGGAGAGCACAGGUGAGCUGCAGCCUCCCUCUGGAGACGCCCAGCAGGAGAGCACAGGUGAGCUGCAGCCUCCCUCUGGAGACGCCCAGCAGGAGAGCAUCACCACAGGUGCCAUGGCUGCAGAGGCGGAUGCUGCUCUGCCCCAAAGCACCUCCAAGAGAGUCCGUCCAGCAGGCCUGUCUGAGCAGUACCGCAGGAACAUCCCAGUGAACAAAGUGGUGGAGAUGGUUCAGGGUGACGAGGAGCUUCUUGACCACAGCUUUGUUCCGGACUCGCAGCCCGCCGUGACCACGGAGAGGACGAUAUUCACCCACUGGACCAAGAGAUCGGUCUCUGACACGCUGCAGCCAGUACAGAGGAGGUUCAGCAGGGCUCUGCCCCAGCCCGAGCCAGCGUCUGUGCCGACCGUGGGGCAGCAGGAUCGGCCUUCCUCCGCCCAGAGAGCCCAGGCUCCGAGCUCAGGCCCUGCCAGCCACAAGCAGCUCCAUGCCCAGCUCACCAAGCGCCUGCAGGAGGUCCUCCGGGAGAGGAAGCAGCAGGACACAGGGCCUAGGGAGCGAGGUGGGCCUCAGGAGCGAGGUGGGCCUCAGGGACGAGGUGGGCCUCAGGAGCGAGGUGGGCCUCAGGGACGAGGUGGGCCUCAGGAGGGAGGUGGGCCCCAGGAGGGAGGAGGGCCCCAGGAGCGAGGUGGAUCUCGGGAGAAAGGGCCUGAGAAUGGAGGAAGGUCCCAGAACAGAGGUGGAUCUGAUGGGUGUGGUAUCAGAGACUUCCAGCAGCUGACAGGGAGGCAGAGCCAGGGUAAAGGGAAGGCUAAGAGCCAGAAGCCCCAGGAUCCGCAGCCUGUCCUGGCCAAGGCUCCAGUAAAGCCCUCCCUCACCCAGAGCAAGAAGGGCCUGCAAGAGAGGCCGACCCCCAACCCCAAGGUGAAAACCUCAAGACCAGACUCCAGCAGAGAGAAGAGGGAUGCAGUUGUGGCAGACGGCAUCGUGAAGCUCAUCUCUAGCCGCUACGAUUUCCCCACCCCCUCCAUCUCUGCUCGCGAGACCUCGGCACACCCCGCCUCUCCUCCCAAGAACCCUCCGGCCCCCAAAAGAUCUCUGUUUGAGAAAAGCUGGCUGCCCCCGGCCAAGAAGCAAGCCUCUGGAUUUCUGAAGUCCUACAGCAACAGCAGGAAAAGUGCCCUUGAGAGAAACGGAGAGGACAUCUUCGCAUUCACUAUGGACUCACCAAUGAGUAUCGGGCGCAAGGUGAAGUCCAAUGAGUCGUCUGCCGCUGACAGCAGUGCCCUGUACGACUCCUGGGCUCUGCCCAGCAAUACCAAGAAGGGCCUGCUCUUAAAGCCCCUGCCCAGGCACCACGUGAAGAAGCACCUGUUCAGUGACACAGACACCAGCGGUGGGGCGGAGCUCAGCUGGCUGAGAGAGUCCAGCAGGAAGGCCAAGCCCAAAGUGACCGAUUACAGCAGGCAGCCUGCAGCCAGACCCAAGGCCCCCGCACCGGACACCACACUCGAUUCCCCAGACCUCCUCCCUGCAUCCUCCAAAGCUGAGAAGGAGAUUGCCAAGCCCAGGAAGAAGGGCUCUGGUGUGAGGGAGGCAGGUGGUCUGGGGGCCAGAGAGGAGCCUGCAGGGCGCAGCAGAGCCACCAGGAGGCCCCAGAGAGCCGCCGCUACCGCCAAGAGCUACAGGGAGCCCGACAGCGACGGCAGCGACAGCCAAUCAGAGACGGAGCCGCCCUCCGUGCCCAAGAAGGCUUCUCUGGAACAGGAGCUGGAGAAGAUGAAGACGAUCAAGACUGCGGCCGGCACCAAGACUUUCAAAGCGCCCGACGACAACAACAGCCAAUCAGAGACAGAGCAGCCGCCUCAUCCUAAGAAGCCAUUCGGCGGACAGGUGGAGAAAAAGAGCGAGAGAGUUGUCGAGGAGGUGAGGAAAAAGAAGACUCCUCCCUCGGCCAGGGACCAGACGAGUGUGGUGAAGGCCUCCUGGGCGUCCCGGCUGGCCUCCUUCUCUCUCUCUCCUCCCCCCAUCGAGAGGAUGAGAGGCACGGCUGCUGAGAGGACGGCCGUCCUGCCCGGAUCCCCCCCCACCCCUCUGGGCUCCCUCUCCGGCUCUCCCGUCUGCGGCGCCCCCCCCUCGCCUCUCCCAGACUUCCCUAAGCCCCCCCGCAGCGGCGACGGAGUCUCCAAACCCUCCACCUUCCACAGCGCCCGGAGGAGGAGCGACGGCAAGGCCGUGAAGAUGCCCUCUCUCCCUCCUCUAACACCCCUCCCUUCUCUCUGCCCCCUCACCCCUCUCGGCCAGAGCCCGGUCCUUCGAGCCCCGAGGCCCAGUGUUGUGGAGCCCCAGCUGAGCCCCAUUCAGCGGGCCCUCUCCCCUGCCCAGUCCCCUCUCUCCCAGUCCUCCGAGCCCCUCCUGACCUCGACAGCUUUGGAGAGGACCCCCCCUCUCUCCCCCCUCGACUCCUGCUUCGCCCCCGGAGACACUCUCAACCAGGGCAUCCAUUUCGGCUUCGACCAGGAGUCGCUGGUCUCCAGGGUAACGCUGAGCCAAUCCUCAUCAAGGUCUGUCGUGUCGGUGUCGAGAGUGGAGAUCAAGCCGGUAGCCAUGGCUACCAAACUGGAGAAAACACCAUCAUCUGACCAGCAGCACAAGCCAGACCAACACCACUAUCACGUUUCAGGACCGAGCCGUAAGCGUCGCAACUCCAAGCCCCAGAAUGAGGAGGAGGAGGAGAAAGGAGUAAAGAGGAGUAAGAUGAGAGAUCAAGCUGCCAAGAUCAGGCCCAGGAAACUAUUCAAGUCAUUGGCUAAGCCCCGCCUCCCAGCGGCUAAGCCCCACCUCCCAGCGACUAAGCCCCGCCUCCCAGCGGCUAAGCCCCGCCUCCCAGCGGCUAAGCCCCGCCUCCUAGGCCAAGCCCAGAGCUGGGGAGAGCACAGCAGCUCCGAGGAGGAGGACGGAGAAGAGGACCAGGAUGGAGAAAACAUGGAGGAUGUGGUCCCCGUGGCAACCAAGACAAGCUUCCGCCACAUUCAGAGCGAGAGGGCUCAUGACACGGUCAUAAAGGUGUCUCCAGAGGGGGAGGGGGGUAGACAGGUAUCCUCACGCACCGUGACGUCCAGAUGUUGGGAGGCUAGUGUGGAGGAGGAGGAGGAGGGGGAGAUGGAGGUGGAGGUGGAGAUGGACCUGCCCUACAGCACAAGCCCCCUUGAUAUGGCCGGUAUAUGUCGGCAGUUUAGCUCAGAGCUCCAGAGGAAGUUCCAGGGCCGGUCCAGAAGGAUGGAGACGUACACCAAACAGUCUCUGCAGACCGUGCAGCAACACGUCUCGUCUAUCAGCCUGCAGGUCAGCCAGCACAGGUCCAAGAAUCUUGACCAGGUCCGGAAUGUUCUGCUGGAGGAGAUGGGCAACCUGGAGAAGGACAGCGUGACUCUGAAGAACAUGGAGAAGGAGCUGACCACAUACUGGAGGAAGCAGUCUGUAGCUUUCCACUGCUGCCAGGAGAGAGAGACCCGGAGACUGCAGAGCCUGAAGACGGCUUUCCAGACCAAAACGUCUCACAGCCUGGAGUACGAGGAACACAUCUUCACCUCACAGAUGUGUCUGAUGAGAAAGGACAUGAAGUCCGUCCAGGAUCGUCUCGUCAAGGAGAUGCAGGAGGAGGAGAUCCAGAGUGUCCGGAGAGGACUGAAGGCUCUGUUCCUGCCUGAGGGGCCCAUGUUUUGACCCUGGACGACCCCUACAAGGUCUCCUUAUUCUCACCAUACACCCUUAGCUCACACAGAAUGAGGCUCAUGAGACGUUCAUGUUCUGACA